GCGGACGAGGAAAAAGCAAAAUGGCGUUUUACGGAGAAGACGUCGUAUUAUGUUUAUAAUAGUUAUGUGUUCUUCAUCAGUUUGUACAUGCACACAUAUAUGUGGUUUAAUAGAGUAAAUAUCGUUGUUAUUUGUUUGUAUCCGGAUACAUUAGUCUGAGCGCACUUUGACGCUUUCCGUGCUAGCUUAGCGUGCUAGUUAGCUUAGCUUGUUAGCUGCUAACAAAGAGAAGCAAGAGAGGCUAAGCAGAGAUCAAGUGUGAGUGUAAAGUGUUGUGAUUGUGUGAAAAUGUGCGAAGGAACGAUAGCAGAGUACGAGGAGGAACUUUGUCCAACAAAAGAGGAGAAGGAGCGACAACAUCAACUACUGAACGCUGUUUUCAAGAAACAUCAAGUUGUGUUACACAGAACAGAUUGCCUAUAGGAAGGCGAAUACAUGGUGUUUACGUGACGUCACACAUCCGGGUUAUCCCGGGUCAUCCGCCAUCUUGGGAGGCAAACAAAACACACCUGGCCUAGUUGACACGCUUCACGAUUAUUGACAAUAGCUUCGAGCAAACACUGGUGAAAGGCGCAUAAUGGUUAUUUCCUGUUGGGUGAAUGGAUGUACAAAUCGACGGGAUGGAUCAGUGCAGCGAGGAUUUUUCAGUAUUCCUAAAAUUAGACACAACGAAGGAGAACAGACAAGGAAAAUCAGCGAGGAGAGACGACGCUUGUGGUUGGCAAGCAUCAACAGGAAAGAGGAGCCAUCUCAACAUUCCAAAAUAUGUUCUGAUCACUUUGUAACAGGCAAUCCAGCAGCUUUGUACGACAGGGCUAACCCAGACUGGGCACCAACCCUGAAGCUUUCAGCCAAAUUGACACCAAAGAAGUUAGCACGUCUGGAACAAAGUGUUCUUGACGUCCAGCAGCCCCCCCACAUUAAAGAGGAAGAGGAGGAAGUGUGGAUCACUCAGGAGGAAGAGUGUCUUCUAGGGCAGGAGGAGGCUGAUCUCACUAAGUUUCCACUGACUGUUGUCUCUGUGAAGACUGAAGACCAUGAAGACAAACCACCUGAGUCCUCACAGCUUCAUCACAGUCCAAACGUCUAUGAACAACAUCUUGUCCCUGAGCAGCAGGAGUGGAGCUGCAAGAUGGAGCAGGAGGAGCCACAGCCCUCCCACUUUAAAGUGGUAGACAUAGCGCUGCAGAUCCCCCGUUUUAAAGAGGAAGAAGAGGAACACCGCAUCAGUCAGGAGGGAGAGCUAAAUGUGUUCUCAGUGGUUGUGAAGAGUGAAGAUGAUGAGGUCAAAAGUGAAAGUGAGGAGAGGAGAGAGGCGGAGCCUCCAAGCAGCAGCUCAACUCAACACAUGACAACAGAAGCUGAUGGAGACCACUGUGGAGGAUCACAAGCAGACAAUCUCUUAGCUCCACUAUCAGAUAGUGAGGACACAACGUCACACUCUCCUGACACUGAUGAUGAAGACUCUAAAGAGGAUAAGACAUGUCACACUGACAACACACACCUGACAUGCUCUUACUGUGACAAAACGUUCAAUUACCUUUGUCGUCUGAAAACACACAUGAGGAUACACACCGGAGAAAAACCUUUUACCUGCUCAGUGUGCGGUAAAGGUUUUGCCCGAAAAGACGUGUUGAAAGAACACACGAGAACGCACACUGGCGAAAAAUCUUUUACUUGCUCGAUCUGUGGGAAAGGUUUUGUGACAAGUACACAUUUGAAAGUGCACACAAGAAUGCACACUAAAGAAACACCCUUUUCCUGUUCAAUGUGUGGCAAAGGUUAUGUAACAAGUACAAAUUUGAAAGUGCACAUGAGAAGGCACACCAGAGAAAACACUUUUAUCUGUUCUGUCUGUGGUAAAGAUUUUUUACAAAAUCACGAUUUGAAAAGACACAUGAGAACACACACUGGAGAGAAAGUGUUGUGUUGCAGUGUGUGUGGUGAAGGAUUCUCUUAUAAGUACCAGAGUAAGAAACACAAGUGUGCUGGUGAGAACAGCAGCAGCAAAUGAAGAUGCAGGAUUCUAAAUAAACUGUCAAAACUUU